GGCGGAGGCGGAGGCGGCCGGAGUGCGGAGCUCUGCUUCAGACAGGCGCACGCCGCCUCUGUUUGUAUACAGCGCGCCUGGCAGCCGGCGGACGCUUCUGCCUCCUUCAUUGUUCUCUCCCUGCAGCAGGAGCAGCAACGAGGGGAGCAGCCCUCCAAGAGAGGCAACCGCGGCUCUCCCAAUCCCCUCUAUAGAGGCGGAAGGGAAGCCAGGGAAGAGAGAGAGAGAGAGAGAGAGAGAGGCUUUUCCUCGCCUGCCUUCCCCACCCAGGCAGCGCAGUCCCUCCCGCGAGCGAUGACCCACUCGCGGCAGCACUGUGGUCCGCGCUCGGGUCUCUUCGGACAUCUCGACCAAUAGGCGAGGCGGGAGAAGAAAGAGAAGAGCCAUCCAGUAUCAGGCAGGCAAGGGAGGGUGUCCCCAGCCUCCCCACGCUCCUUGAUCUGUAAGGAAAAGGUGUCUCUUUAGGUGGAAGGAUCGCGCCCCUGCCACCCUCCUCCUCCUCGACUCUCAACUCCUUCCUCGCCUCUCUCUGUGGCUUCGUCCUUCUGAAAGGACCAUGAGCAGCUGGGUGGCCACCUGGUUCCUUCUGGGGAUGAGCCUCGGAGCCCCCUCGAUCGCCAAAGGGGAUUCGUGUGAUUCCAGUCCUUGCGAAAAUGGAGGCAUCUGUUUGUCAGGAUUGGAUGAUGACUUCUAUUCUUGUGAAUGUCCUGAUGGCUUCUCAGAUCCCAAUUGUUCUAGUGUUGUGGAGGUUGCACUGGAUGAAGAAGAACCAACUUCAACAGGGCCAUGCAUUCCUAAUCCCUGUCAUAAUGGUGGAAUAUGUGAAAUUAGUGAAGCAUAUAGAGGAGAUACCUUCAUAGGCUAUGUUUGUAAAUGUCCACGUGGCUUCCAUGGGAUCCACUGCCAGCACAAUGUGAAUGAAUGCGAAGUUGAACCCUGCAAGAAUGGUGGCAUCUGUACAGAUCUGGUGGCCAACUAUUCCUGUGAAUGUCCGGGGGAAUUCAUGGGAAGGAACUGUCAGUACAAAUGCUCUGGGCCAUUGGGAAUUGAAGGCGGGAUAAUUUCAAAUCAACAGAUAACUGCCUCAUCCACCCACCGUGCGCUUUUUGGGCUCCAGAAAUGGUAUCCCUACUAUGCACGACUUAACAAGAAGGGUCUUGUAAAUGCUUGGACUGCAGCAGAAAAUGACAGAUGGCCAUGGAUUCAGAUAAACUUGCAAAGAAAGAUGAGAAUAACUGGAGUUAUAACUCAAGGUGCCAAGAGAAUUGGAAGCCCAGAAUACAUAAAAUCAUACAAAAUUGCAUAUAGCAAUGAUGGGAAAUUAUGGGCAACAUACAAAGUGAAACGCACAACUGAAGAUAUGGUGUUCCGUGGAAAUGUAGACAAUAAUACACCAUAUGCAAAUUCUUUCACCCCACCAAUAAAAGCUCAGUACUUACGAUUAUAUCCUCAAGUUUGUAGAAGACAUUGUACUUUGCGAAUGGAACUCCUUGGCUGUGAAUUAUCUGGUUGUUCUGAACCUCUGGGCAUGAAAUCAGGACACAUACAGGAUUAUCAGAUUACUGCUUCAAGCAUCUUCAGAACACUCAACAUGGACAUGUUUACGUGGGAACCUAGAAAAGCUCGACUAGACAAACAAGGCAAAGUGAACGCCUGGACAUCGGGACACAGUGAUCAGUCACAGUGGCUACAGAUUGAUCUUCUUGUUCCUACAAAAGUGACAGGCAUUAUUACUCAAGGAGCUAAAGAUUUUGGUCAUGUACAGUUUGUGGGCUCCUAUAAACUUGCCUAUAGCCAUGAUGGAGAGCACUGGACUAUAUAUCAGGAUGAAAAGCAAAAAAAGGAUAAGGUUUUCCAGGGAAACUUUGACAAUGACACUCACAGAAAGAAUGUCAUUGACCCUCCAAUCUAUGCAAGGCACAUAAGGAUCCUCCCUUGGUCGUGGUAUGGCAGGAUCACUUUACGGUCAGAGCUCUUGGGCUGUACAGAAGAGGACUGACAAGGAUCUUCACUUAACAGCACAAUUCUCAAUAUUCCUAAAAAAGAAAAAAAAGAAAAGAAAAAUCUCCAUAGAAGAAACUGUGCAAAACCUGUAGGAAGUUGAAUGGGUUUUUCAUGAAGUGCUCACUUUCUGGUAGGCCACUGUCUUUUGUAAGGAGGUCUCAGCCUGCCCUCAAAAUGGUCCAAAUCUAAUUUUUUAAAAAGAUGGUUCUUUUAAAUCUGUUCAAGUUAUUACUCUGUUUUGCUGCACAAUUUACCUUUCAAGUUUUCUUCUGAGUUUUUCAUGCUAUCUGAAAUAUGGUUCGGUAUUUUUUAAAAAAGAAAAGGAGCAGCAUUUUUGCAAGAAAGAUGAAAGUUGCAUGACGUGAGUUCAUUUGUGACUUGGGAAAGAUCAAGUGGGUUUGUUUUCUCCAAAUCCACACUAUCAUCUUACUUGCAAAAAAAUGAUACUGCAGCUUUAGCAAUAAGUUAUUUCUCGGGGAUGGCUGCAUUUGAUUGUUUCCCUUGUGCCUAUCAAGCAUUGUCAAGAUUAAUGACACUUUUUGAAAGAAUUUGUGUAGUCUGCAGUCCUCCUGAUAUUACCACAUUCUGUGGUCCACACACUCUUGAGUUUCAUUUCCAUUUCUUUUGCCCCCCCCCCAAAAAAAAACUAUGAUGUGACAUCAUCACUGUCUUUCCAUUUUGCCACAUCAACUUAUGCUGUUUACUUUCAAAGAGCCAAACUGGAUUUCAUGGCACAAAAUCUGCUCACUAGUUCAUUACAAAGCUGAUGGUUUUGUUGAUGAAUUCAGCUUAAAAUGUUCAAUAUAAAAGAUGAUGAAAUGAAAGUCCAUGGGCCAUAAUCCCGAGUUAAAUUAUUGUAGCAGGACACGUACAUAUACAUGCUACCAAGAACAGCAUCCAUGUAAUCCUGCAUUUGUUUGCUCAACGAGGUAGAGAUGGGAAAUGGCCUCUUCGAGAAGCCAUCUGUGAUUUAAUAUUGUGAGGUCUAGGGUUGCAUUAGAAAACAUACAUAUUCUUUCUUUAAGGAAGGACCAUACUUUCCCUAAACCAUUUAUGGAUUCAAGGGUUAUGACAUCUAAAGUUAGGUGGGCAAUGGGCAUAUGUUAUGCUGCCUAAAAUUAUUUUAAAGAAUCAAAUCUACAAAUGUUCUUAAAAUGCCUAAUUCUGGGAAGAUAGUUCCAUCAAAAUCAAAGAUGGGAGUGUGUGAAAUGAUAGAGAGAGGAGCAAGAGUAUAGAGUGAGUUAUGGACCAGCCUUCAAAUAGUAGAAAUAAGAGGAAUUGUUAAAAUUAAAAGAAGGAGAAAAAGAUCUGCUAAUGUAUGCAGAAUUCAGCUUCAUGAUGCAUUAUUUCCAAAUGAGCCUGUUUCCAGCUCUUAAGAUUGCAAAGAUUCCAGCAUCUCUACUGAUUGGGACAAGAUUUUCAAUGCUCCCCCUAAUUCCCUUGUCACCCAAGACAGCCAAAGCACAGUUUGGAUUUGUGGGUUGUUGAAUUGAAAAUAUUUGUAAAGCAUAGUUUACACAUAGGUUUCAACUGGGGCAAGAAGAUAAACAAUUUACAAUAUGGAAAAACAAAACAAGCAGCAAAACAGUCCACAAAUCCUGUCUUGGGCAUUGUUUUCUUAUACCCCACUUUCCCCCUACUUCUUGCAUUCCAUACCGGCAAAGUUUUCUAUCAUUUUGAACAGAUAGAACUACUGGUGAUGGGGAUGGUUUUUCAGCACCAUUCCACAUAACCAUCAUGUAAUAACGUGAUUUGAUUGUGUUUACCAUUAUCACAGAACAGCUAUCACUGAUGGAGCUUACAUACACAUCAUAGCAAAAGUCUGCAGGGAAGCAAAUAUUCUCAAGUGUUCAGCAUAUUACCUUAUAACAACCUCUUCAUCUGACAGUCUGAAUUAGCCAUAAUUUUUGUACACUGACCACAUAACAUUGACUGAUCUCCCAUCUGAAAAUGCAAGGCAGGCUGAGGCUGUAGUUGAAUGGGCCAAGGAAGCAAUGUUUAUCAGAGUAGCCAUAUAGACAGUCAUUUCCAUGCACAAUUGUACUGUUUUCAGGGACAAUAACAUCUUUACCCAUCCUCAGUUUGAGUUCCUCUUGCCACUCAAAUUAGUGCACAGAUAAACUGGCAGAACAAUCUAUAAAUGGCUCCCCAUUUCUGAUUCUGUACAGCCAAAACUGUGGCAAGUGCAUAUAAAAACAUUGCUAGGGUUUAACACAGGAAUGGGAAUUAUCACACUCCUGUCAGGCUGUUGGAUGCUUCUAUUACCUCUAGCAAAUGGCUCACGAUGCAGGGAAGCCCAACAAUUUCUGGAAGAAUACCAUUGCUUGAUCCCUGACUUAACUGUUGGCAUCAUAGAUAGAAUUUCUCCGACAUAAUGUUCUUGCUGGAACAGAAAUUACUAGUAGAUGGUAAUUGCAUCUAAUAAUUCAAAGCACAUUCAUUUUAACAGUGUUAGUACUCUAACCAUUCCCUUUAUAAUUCAUAGAUGUGUUCUCAUAACUAAGAACAUCCAUCAUUAUCAUUUUCUUUCGCUCACUGCAUGUUAUGGUAGAUGGGAGUGGAGUUGUGUCUCAUUAACGACGUAUAGUAAGCGUUAUUAAAGCAUUGUUUUAUUAUUCAAAGAAAACAAGAUGGAGAUAUAAGCAUGGACUCUAUGAUCUUAGUGAACAAUGUGUCAUCCAGUAAUUGUAAAGAGGAGUCUGAAUUUCUUUCUUUAAAAAAGUAACUCACUAACCUUAUAUAAUCUGUUCUCUCUGUAAAAACACUGUCAUCUGAGUUCCUUCAAAUGCUUUGGGAUAAAAACCUUUCAUGAUCAAGGGAAGUUCUCUGAAAGCAUCUCUCCAAAAAGAAGAAAAAUUGGUCAAGUAAAAGAAUGAGAUCUGUUUGCAUAAUGAGCACCUAACUCUCAAGAUAUAUGUGUGUGCUUGUUUAUUUUCUAAGGCUUAGACAAAGAUAUUCAGAGAUCUCAGUCUGAGAAUCUAAUCAAAGUGAAACAAGUAUGUGCAAGGAAUGUUCUGUGAAACACUGUUGAAUUUAUGGUUUUGUUUUGUUUUUAGUUGAAUUUGUGCUGCAUUUCAAAAUCCUCUAGACUGUUACUGUCUUGUCUGUAACUGUGUUGACAUUUCUUAACAAUGUUAUCUAUGGAGUGGUCUUCAAUUGUAGUGAAUAAUUUUAAAGAGAAAGUCAAUCAUAAUUGCAUUUUAAGGUGCAAAUGGCUGAUGGAAUCAGGUUGGUAACUGAAAUAACAUUCAACUUCAUAUUGCCCAUAUUCUUAGGUUCCCUAUGAAGAGGCUGCAAUUCACAUCCCAUUUACACUACAGCAACUCUUUAUAUUUAUAUGGUCCUACUCUAGAGUGAAUAAAUGGAUGGUUACUAGUUUUUUACAUUUUAAGUAGAUAUAUAGUAAAAAGACUUCACUCCUUUAUCCUAGUUAAUGGGGCCAAAUAUUUGCACUGACAGACAUUUAUUGUUACAGUAUGUAACCAACAAAAUCAUUUGGGACUUGGAAACCAAACCUACAGAUGACCCACUCAAAAUAUUGUCAACAGUGUCAGAUUUUCAGUGCUGAAUGGGGAAUAGAUGCUGUUCGUGACAGCUAUCUGUUGGUACUGUCAUCACAGGACAGCAAGAGAAUCUGCAGACAGAACAUCCCCUGUGCAUAGGUGGGUCAUAAUCCAGAAAGCGUCAUCUGAGAUGAACCAGGAUAAUUCCCCCAAAGUCUUUCUCUGUUUGCAGAAGGUCAAGAUAACAUAAAUGUCUUGGGGACUAUAAACCUCCCCCUAAUAGGUUUUCUGCAAAUAAGACACUAAAGGUAAUCCAUGUUUUGGCUCCUGGGUGACCUCCAGGGCUGUAGCGGAGGAGGGGGGGGGGUGUUAGGGGUUCAACCCCCCUACUAAUUUUUUUCUGGUUAAUCAAAUCCCUAUGCUAAUUCUAUGAGAAGCAAACAUUAAAUUUAAUUAAGUCUAUAUAAAAUAUAGAAUUAACCAUACUAUUUAAAUUAUUUUGUUUUAUGGAACUACUGUUCAUGAUUCGCUUUUUUUUCAACCCCUUCCCCCCCCCUCCCCCCGGCUGAUUUUUUUAUCUGGCUAUGCACCGGUGACUUCGGCUACUGCUAACACCAUUUCAGCAAAAGGAGUGUGACUGAAUGGAGCACUUUGAGCUGAUAGCCAGUAUAUUCUUCUGAAAUGUUCCAUAUUUGUUAGUACUUUUUUUUCCUUUUUAGAAGAAAUAUAUUUAAACAAAAUCUUGAAUGUGCAAUUAACACAUAUGCAUUGUAGUUUAUAGAACAUUAAAAUAGCAUCGUGUUGGGAAAAUAGUCAUUUACAUUUAUUAUUCUUUUAUUUAAAAUGGUUGUAUCUCCACCUUUUCAAUAGUUCAUUUUUGUCAGCCUUUACCAAUUUGUUCAUUAUGAGCCUGAAUUUUAAAAUGACUCCUUUAGACUUUCUAUCACACUUUGCUCCAAUUACGUCAUUUAAAAUGUUAAGAAAUGUCUCUGACAUUUGUUUAGUAACUAUGGCCACAAUUCAGUGGGAAGUUCUUUUCUGCACACUUUGUUGAAAUAAAUAGGACUGGUAACUGAACAAGACCAUCCUGUCAUUUCAUUUCAAGUCAAGCUGGAUGGGAAAUGAAUUGUGUGAUUGCAAUUAAUGUAUUUUUUGUAUUUAAAUUAUAACUCUGGAAAAAGCUGGGUAACUUCCAGAUUUUAGGAAGGCAAAAUUAUUUUUCUCUCUCUUGUCAUGAUCCUGACAAAAACUGUCAUUCACACCAGUGAGAGUUUUUUUUAAUGACAUGAAAUGGAAGCUUGUGAAAAUUUGUGGCAGUGAAGGAAAGAGUUUAAAAUAAUCCGACUUGACCCUUUCUCCCACAAUUCAGUGGCUGCAAUUAGCAUUAAAAGUGCAUGUAGAUUUAUUGUUUUCACACAAUUAAGGGCAUGACUAUUUAACCCCCAGAGAGGUUUACAAAGAACUGUUGAUUGUGUCCUUUGGAGACUGCCUACGUUGACUCUUAGUGCUACAAAACACUUUUCUUUGAUUCCUCUUGUCUUUGUGUAAAGUCUCUUCAUGCUACAGGAUGAAUUUUCUACCAAGAGAGGGUAUACACUUGCACAGUCAUUAUCAGGCAAUGACUGGAGUGUAUGAUGCAGCCAUCAUUGAUCAAACACCCCAAAUUGAAAUUUUCAGAUUGACCACCUCAGACACAAUACUUUAUAAUUCAGGAAGUUCCACACAUUCAGCUGUGAGUCAUUGAGUGUUUGGGUAGUUCAGCCACUGUGUGGUAUAUAUAUGUGUGUGUUCAGGUCAGUCCUAAGUCUACAUAUUACAUCUUAUCGAAAUGGAACUACAUUAUACAGAUGUACAUAUAUUAGAUGUGGUUGUGACCUACGAACUGUUUAGGUGGAAAUGCUUGCACUUCAGUGGGACUUUGUCUAUUCAGCAGCCAGUAUUCUAAGCUAAGUGGUUGGAGACUCAUGAUUGUAAGUUUUAGUUCUAAAGUACAAGUAACAAUAACAGAGAUGCUCCUCACCUAUUAUAGUGUGAAUAUUGCAAAAUCAGGAGCAAAUUAUUGGGUUACAUUUCUCCUCAGAAGUUUGUGGAGUGUUUCUAACUUCCAUGUGUCUCUUAAAAAUGUUUUAUCUCCCUACAUCAUCUACACACCUCUUUUUCAUUUUUUGUAAGUACAUGUGUGUAAGUUUUUUCAGACAUUCAGUGAAUUUUGGAGAGGGGAGAAACAGGUUCAGACUUAUUGCCAUUCCUAACAUUCAUACAUUUAUUCAAAGAUCUGAACACAACACAUACGAUCUCUUGUCUGUGCAAUGGGGGAACCAGUCAUUUUCAAGUUUCCUAAUUACACUGAAGGAACCAACAGAAAUAAGACCUGGAUGCAUAUUCAGAACUUUGAAUAAAUAUGUGCAAUAACGAAAUGAGGAUAGCAAUUGCAAUCCUAUUUCUCUUCCCUUGUGUUUUCACUAAAUAUCUGAAAGGACUACAGAGAGUAGUCAAUGUGCUGAACAUGCAAGAGUGUGCAAGCAAGACUCUCCUUAGCACCACACAACUCACAGUAAGUAAAUGCUAGCCAGGAUCACGUAUGAACUUGCCCAAGUGCAAUGAAAAAACUACAGUAUGCUUCAUUACGACAGUUCCAUGGAAGCACAUGGAUGUUGAGAUUUACUACUUAUUUGCAUUUAGAUUCUGCAUGUUGAUUUCUUUAGAGCCACAGCCUUCAAGCCAGCUAUUCCUGAAUCAUCUCUUGGUUUAAAAUGAAGUGGCUUGAAGGAUUGUUCCUUGAAAUUUUGGAUGGAAAUAUGAUGAAAUUGCCCUUGACUUUUGUAUUCACACUAACGGUGAAAGAAUUGAAGUGAGAGAGAGGGAGAUCCACCUAUGUCUACCCAAAAAUUUUUAGUUAUUUGGAGGCAACUUUCACCUUUCUAUAGCUCCCUAAUUUGCUACUUUUAUAGCCUGGAAAGUAAAACAUAAUGCACAAGGCUUAUCUAGGAUAAUCUAUUAAGGGCUUCUCACAAAAAACAAAAAAACAAAAAUACACCCCAGUUCUGGUUUUUAGGUUGACUUUCUCUUUUGGAAUGAACUCAUACAAAUUCAUGUGAGUUUUGAAGACUAAGGAUACUGAUGAGUGUAUCUGUGUUAUACCACAAACUAUGAAAUAUAAUAUUCAAAGCUGGCUUCAGAUGUGUUAGUAAGUACAGAAAUAUCUCAGACACAAUGACCUUUGCAACCUUGGCAACCUGUGUAAAGUUCCAAUGUUUUUGUAUAUAUUUAAAUUAUGUAGAAUGAUGUUAAAACAGUAUGACCUCGUCUAGUCUUCAAACUUAACAAUAAAACUUUUGAAAAAUUAAAAA